AAUCUUCCUGGAAUUUUUCCUUGAAGCACAAGCUAGGCAAAGUUUUAAAAUUAGCCACGUAGAGAAGCGUUUCCUUUUUAUCAAUCGUAGUUCACAACGUAUUCUAAUCAGUAGCCUACGAUGUUGGUAGCGUAUGAAUAGGAACAUCUCAAGCUGAAGCUAAACAUAUUCCAAUUCUUUGCUCGCUGCUGUAAAGUAAAAGUAGCAAGGCGGCUUGCUUUUCUAAACAAAAGUUGUCUGCUACACUUCCCUCAACCAAUUCUCAGAUAUCCAAAGCAAGAAAUUCACUGGACCUUGAACCUGAGCGCAACUUCGACUUUGUGAAAUCAUUCAAUCCAGAAAGUCAGUGCUAUAAGACUGUCCUGUAAAACACUGUCACGUGGGAGUCUAUGGCUUACAAGUAUUCCUCAAUGCGCCAGGAAACUUUUGAUUACCUUUUCAAGUUAUUGCUAAUUGGAGAUUCUGGAGUAGGCAAGAGUAGUCUCUUAUUACGAUUUACAUCUGAUACCUUUGAAGAUCUUGCUCCAACAAUAGGUGUUGACUUUAGGUUGAAGAAGAUGAGUAUAGGAGGCAAAAGGUUAAAAUUAACAAUUUGGGACACAGCUGGCCAAGAACGUUUUCGGACAUUGACUAGUGCAUACUAUAGAGGAGCGCAAGGUAUUAUUUUAGUUUAUGAUGUAACACAACGAGAUACAUUUACAAAUCUAUCAGAUGUGUGGCUAAAAGAAUUAGAUCUUUAUUCUACAUAUCGUGAUUGCAUCAAGAUGGUUGUCGGAAAUAAAGUUGACAAGGUCCAAGAGAGGGUGGUAAGUAAGCAAGAGGGUAUUCAGUUUGCAAGGGAACAUGGUUGCAUCUAUCUUGAAUGCAGUGCCAAAAAUUGCAUCAAUGUAGAAAAUUGCUUUGAGGAGCUUGCGUUAAAGAUUUUGGACACUCCAAGCUUAUUAGUAGAUAAUGUGGCUUUAAAAAGAAGCAACAUUUUUAUUCAAGAGCAACCAACUGAUGGAUGGACGUUUUCUUGUUGCUGAUCCCUAAGAGUUUCAUUGUAGGAUUCACAAAGCUUUGCGUACAAUUUGCCUAAAAUUAUCUUAAAAUUGUACAUUUAAAAGAAUGAUUCAUAACUCUUAUAUAUCGAAAUAAAAAUGCAAUUGUUGAGGUCUAAAUGGCUUCUUCAAUGCUCAUUGUAAUGUUAUUUUGUCAACUAAAUGGCUGGUUCAAUGCUCAUUGUAAUCUUAUUUUGUCAAUAAUAUUGUUUCUUUUAAGUUAGUUUCA